UCGUGAAUGCGAAAACGUACUUGCAUUGAGGACCUUUUCAGAAACACGUACUUUAGUUUUAGAAAAUUAAAAUGUGAACAAAGUUUUUGUUACUUGAAUAACAAAAAGUAAAAUUUUCUUUUGUCAGUUUAAAUUCAGGAGCGAUUUUCAUUCUUGUGAAAAUGAAUCAAGAAAAUCCUUCUAUAACCUGUGAGCUUAUCAAAUCGAGGCUGUAAAAAUAGCAAUUUCUGAAUCGGUAAACGCUUUUAUAGUUCAAAAACUCAAUUUUCAUUUUAAAAUAAGCAACUAUACUGAUUAAAUUGGAAAACAUGCAUCUUCAUUUCGAAAGAACGACCAAUGCGAAAAGUGAUUGUACAAUUCUUUCCCUCACGUGGAUGGGCAAGGUGCCUGAUGAGCUACCAGAGGACGAAGGUUGGAAGCUUAACAGGACCAAUUAUUAUCAGGAAGGAUGGCUGGCGACGGGGAAUGUCAGGGGCAUCGUGGGGGUCACGUUUACAACGAGUCAUUGUAAGAAAAACGUGGAAUUUCCAACCAGAACAAAUUACAAUUUACGUGGACAUAGGUCCGAGGUGAUAUUGGUAAAAUGGAAUGAGCCAUACCAAAAGUUAGCAUCUUGCGAUAGCUCUGGGAUUAUAUUUGUUUGGAUUAAAUAUGAAGGAAGGUGGUCAAUUGAAUUAAUUAAUGAUAGAAACACCCCUGUUACUUAUUUUUCAUGGUCCCACGAUGGGCGAAUGGCACUGAUAUGUUACCAGGAUGGUUUUGUUUUGGUUGGAUCUGUAGCUGGUCAGAGGUACUGGUCGUCCAUGUUGAACCUCGAAGCUACCAUCACGUGUGGCAUUUGGACUCCGGACGACCAGCAGGUCUAUUUCGGUACAACAUCCGGACAAAUAAUCGUCAUGGACGUUCAUGGGGCUAUGGUGUCUCAAGUACAACUCAGUUCUGACGUUGGAAUUACUUCCAUGGCUUGGUCUUGCGAAAAAUUCAAGAUGGAAGAAGGAGAUGACAAUGAUCCCGGAGUCGCAAACGCUGCGGAGCGGAAGUUUGUCCUGGCCGUGUGUCUACAGAACGGAUUCGUCUAUCUCCUGAAAACAUUUGACGACGUCUCACCGGUUCAAAUCGAUACGCACCUGCAGGGUCCGCUGUGCAUGGAGUGGAGUAAUUCAAGGGAAAUCCUGGCAAUCGCGGGAACGGUUAAAGAAGACAAGGGUACCAACGCGCAGGGUACUACUACGGAAUAUCAUAGCGCGCUCAAGUUCUUUAACGAGAAGGGAACACUUUUGUACUCUACGAUCAUCCCCUUCACUCAAGCGCCAGUAUCAGCCCUUACUUGGGGACAUAACGAUAAAAGAAUAUUCCUGGCAACAGGAACUCAGAUUCAUAUUGCCUGGGUAUCCAGAAGAAUAGCUACCCUCCAACUUUUCUGCCGCCUGUGUAUUCAUAAUGCUCUUCGUCACGAAUGUCAACUACCACAACUACCCCUUCCACCAAGAAUUAGGAACACAAUAUCUGGUCUAUUUUCUCAAACAAUUCGGAGUUCUGUACCAGAGGCGAAUGCCCUCAGGGAGUUUGUGUCAAAACCCCCAUCUGGGUCAUCUGUGAGAUUGCACUGUACCAUGAUUCGUCAUGACGACGAAACGAAUUUAACUUCAGGGACUUGUUACACGCUUUACCUGGAAUACCUGGGCGGACUUGUACCUUUACUCAAGGGGAAGAAAACAAGCAAAAUUAGACCAGAAUUUGUGAUAUUUGAUCCUCAGGUUGAAGAUUUUGGAGUACAAAUUUUGUCACCCGAAUCAAAAAGUUCAGGAUCAUCCAAUCCUUCGAACAACCACAGUCGCAUGAACAGCGAAUCGUCAGACAGUGAUCGGGAAGAAGGUUGUGCAGCAUCUCCAAGGAUGCAAAGGCGUAGAGGAAAAAGAAGCAAGUCCCGAGGAAGAUCUCAAAACGAUAAAACUGCAGGUCAAAAUUCUGGAGAUGCCGAAGGAGAAGAGUUGGCAUAUGUCGACACUCUACCAGAGCACGUCCGUCUUGUUGAAGUUACGUCCAAUAUAUGGGGAACAAAGUUCAAAAUUCAUGGUCUUGUUGAUUCCGUGCCUGCCAAUUUAGGUCAAGUAACAUACAAAACCUCACUACUUCAUUUACAACCGCGCCAAAUGACCCUGGUUAUGACUGAAUUGCGCGACGAUUUUCCAAAAGGUCCCGACCCAACUUUUAACCCCAAUAUUUUCUCGGAAGACGAAGAAGACCUGGCUCAUUUAGAAGAGAGGCUCAAAAUGAACAAAGGUGUAGAUAACUGUCCCCCCAUAGCUCCUAUGUCCCCCAGAUGCAGCAAACUCAAGAGAGCGACUUCCCAACUAAAAACCCAGUUAUCGGAAACUGCCUGCAGUAGCCCAACAGCAGUAUUAUCGAAGAUGGAAUCCUGUGAAGGUGAAUCAUCAUCAUCAAGUCAACCGCCUCCUAUUCAUCAUGAAGCUAUCCGUCCUCAGUGUCUAAACGGUCCAGUUACAGUACAACCUAGAGCAAGUGGUAAUGUACAAAGUACUAGUUUUAUGGGUCAGUAUGGUAGAAGCGGCUCGUCAAACCCUCCAGGUCAAAGGCACGCGGUCUCUCCACUUUGUUGUGAAGGCUCAGUGCCUGCUCUUCAAUCUCCAAAAAACGCAGUUGCCCCGAGUGACAUUAUUUUCGAUCGACCUCCAGCACAAACCAUGAUAACAUUCUCCAACACGGAUUAUUCCUUCAAUACCACCAAUGUUCAAAAUAUCAAAGCUGAUAUAAUCCAUAGCGAAAGGGCUCGCAGCGGAUUGCAUCUUAAUCUCACAGUUAACAACAGCGAUCAACGCAAACUAUUUUAUUUAAAAAAAGAACAAACAGGAGAUGAUACAGGACCUGAUUGUGCAGAGAAUGAUACCAACAGCAAAGGUCCCCAGAAGCAACUCGACCAGAAGGACUUAUCCGUGCAUUUCAGAAAAAAUUCAUUAAAGAACGACGAAAAACUGAAUGAUGACAUUCAUCCGAAUACUUCUUCAAGAUCGAUAGCAGCGUCCGUCGCGCUUUCUGAGGCAAUGGUCAGAAGCUGUAGCGUGGGCUAUCUCGAUAUGGUCGAUCCCCAUCUGGUACCAAACGAAGUGGCUUUGCAAAUGUUACGAAAAGAUGCCCCCAAAAGACUCAUUCUGGUCAACCAAAGGACGAAACAAAGGAAACAAAGUCGAAAACAUCUACAAGACAGCAAAUCAAAUGCGAUGAACGCUUCGAGACUUCAAAAUAGCAGAAAAUCGAAAAGUUUAGACUCGACUGAUAUAUUUCCUAACAGGGAUCCACCCAAUUUCAAAAAUAUGCCCAGUCACCAAGAAGUACAAGAAUGCGAACCUAAUAUCACGUCACCUGGUUCAAAAGCCAUUAAAAAAGGCAAAGAAGCCGACCCUAUUGAAUCCAACGACAAUCCUAAACGGGAACCGACAAAACGGGGUUUCUUCUCAUCCAAAUCACCGCUGGCGAGGAGGAAAAAGAACGAAAGCGACAACAUUGCUACGGCUGACGAUGUCAGGAGCAGAGGCAGAAGUAAAUAUAAACAUGAAAACUACAAAAUGCCGUCAAAGGGCAACGCCAAUCAGAUCACUGAGUCCUCAGAAGGCACAUCUAGAGGAAACUUUUCGUUUCAUAGUCACGCGCUAAGUACUUUAGAAAAUUUAAUAACAAGACUGAGAGAUGAUGAUAGGCUAACACCCCCUAAUUCACCUAAACUGCCAAGGAGCUCCCCAUCAUCGCCGGCUCCAAGCAAAAAAGGAAAACGUCCUCAAUCAUCUUCCCCAAUCAGAAAGCACAUCCUAUCAUCGCCUUUACUCAAUAGAAAAUAUCGUAAGAACAAAAAUUUAGACAGUUCUGACGAUGAAAUAACAGCAUCUGGAGACGAGAUUUGUAACGGUUCGAAUUAUAAAGAUUUGGAAACGUUUCAGAAGGCUCAGUUACGACAAAAGUUGAAGAGAGCGAAAAUAGAACCUAACGGUACUAACUGUAACAACCAAACCACCAACCAGAGAAGGGAGUUUGUAAUGCACAACAAGGCACCAAUGUGGAAUGAGAACAGUCAAGUGUACCAGUUGGAUUUUGGAGGGAGAGUAACGCAAGAAUCUGCCAAAAAUUUUCAAAUUGAAUUCAGAGGGAAACAAGUAAUGCAGUUUGGAAGAAUAGAUGGUAACGCGUACACUUUGGACUUUCAGUACCCAUUUUCGGCCCUGCAAGCUUUCGCCGUGGCAUUAGCAAAUGUAACCCAGAGAUUGAAAUGAGUGUCAAAAGUGUUAAGUUAAAAAGAAAAUAACUAAAAAUAAAAAAUCGGUUGUUGUUUUCGUGAUCAUCUACUAUAUUAUUGCUUUUUAUAUACUUUAUACGGAAUGUUAUUUUUGUUACUGUUUCUAUAUCAUAUUAUCACGUACCAAUAUCAUUAAUUAAAACAGACCUACUUAUUCUAUAUGAUAGGUCAUAUUAACAAAAAAUUAACAAUUUUAAAAUGUAAGUGAACGCAAUAGUAUAAAAUACGGUGCAAUUCGUUAAUUAAUGAAGUGCAAUAAUAAUUGAUUGGCUCAAUUAAUUAAUUAGUGAUUAAUUAAAGUUAGUCACAACAAAUUGCGAAUUUGACCCAUUCUAAUGAAACUAUCAGAAUUAUAAGGCCAAAAUCUCAGUUUCAUUUUGACUCAAAUUUUAAUUGACUUUAUUUUAGUAAUUCUUUGACCUAUAUAUCUUUUUGGGUAACUAAAGUCUUCAGCAAAAAUAUUCACAUGUGACAUUUUAAGCCGCAGUUCAUUUCAAAAAAGAUUUCCAAAAACUGUCUGUAAUAAAUUUUAGAUUGAGUUGAAACAUUCUCACUAGAAGCCACCCUGUUGAAAAAAUUGCGAAAAUACCGUACUGCUAAUUAAUUAGUUUUUUAGCGUGAUAAUUUAGUUGUCUGGAUAAUUAAAUCAGUGUUUAAUUCCUAAUUUUGGAGUUAUUGUGCACCUUAGGUGCAUUAUUUUAGCAAACAUCUUUGAUUGAUCGGAUACACAAUAAAACAGUCUUGGCUUUUAAAAAACCAGUAGAUAAAAUAAAUUAUG